AUGACACCGAUUUUAUUGUUGGAGAUAUCAUUUAUCCAAGAGAUCAAGAACUCACCCUUCUCCUGUGGCUUUCGCGUUCGUUGGCAUGAGAAAGAGUGCAUCCUCAAUGUAUACCAUUCGACCGAGCCGUCACCUGCGGACCCCCCAUAUCGUGAAAUCAAUCUAUUCAAAUGUGAAAGUACAGCCUUCAUGAGACUACAAGAACGGGGUCUAUGCAAUCGAGGAUAUGUUCCCGAGUUCUAUGGUCUUAUAGAGCAUAUCAAGCCUGCUGAUCAUCUACCAUACCUGAAGGAUUUCCUGGGCGAUAAUCCUAACGCGAUCUUACUUGAAUAUGUACCCGAUAUUCGCCCUAUCAGUCUGGCAAAAUUUUCGAGGGAAAGGUCAUACAAACUUCGAUCUAUACUAUCAGAGAUACAUGAUGCAGGUAUCAUCCAUGGAGAUACAUAUCCUCGAAAUAUUAUGGUCCAGGAAUCAUCGGACAGAGUUCUCUGGGUAGACUUUGACCGUGCCCAAACUUUCACACCUCAAUCUAUGAAUCAGCGCCACAAGAAUUGGCUAGAAGAAGAAGCUGAUAUGAUGGAUUACUUUGUCAAAGCUCUAACGCUGGAUGCUAAGAAUGGCCGUAUCUACUAUACAUGGCUUUGUUAUUAUGAGUACGUGUCUUCGAUUGCUGUUUUACAAGCAUCGGGAAAUCCGCCGCCUUCCGAUCAAGGGGGCCCGGCGUGUCAGGAGGAGGUGUUCGAAUGA